GCGACAGCAGCGAUGCGGUCCAGCCCCAGCAUCCAGGAGGUUCACGCUGGUUACCCAUUAAUCCCUUUCACGCAUUUUUCCCUUUCCCUGUAGUGAAACUCCUGGGGCACACCAGAGAGCUAAGUUGUUUCAUCUGUCCCGGACAAGCCCAGAUCUGGAUGAAGUGCCACCUAGGUGCCCUGAGUGACUUGGGGGUGGGGGGGGGUGAGUGGGGGGGUGUGGGUGCGUGCGUGUGAGGUGGCUGCUGACUGCCCUUAUAGUUUUGUUACAUCAGCAAGAGUGGACCUGCAUGCCUUGGCGCUCUUCUUUCCGCCGGGCUGGUUUUUGCUGUGCCUUCAGUUCUUUCUCUCUCUCCUCCCCCACCUUCCUCCUCUCCAUUUGCAGAGCGCCCCUCCUCCUGGGCUGCCUCCCCUCCUUCUCCCCUCCUCUUUCACAGGCAGAGGCUUGAAAACUUGUUAAAAGCUCUCCCAGUGUUCCAAGUUAGAAAAAACUUUUACGAGGUAUCAGCACUUUUCUUUCAUUAGUGGGGAAGGAAGGAUGAAAAAUACAAAACAGCAGUAGACUUUUAAAGUUUAAAUAGACAGGUCUGAGUGCCUGAACGUGCUCUUCCAUUUUACUUUAACCCUCCAAAGAAGUAUUCUGAUCCAGUUCCACUGAUCAGCAAGGCCAGCAUCCUGUGAAGAUGGGUGAUUGGAGUGCCUUGGGAAAACUUCUUGACAAGGUUCAAGCCUAUUCUACUGCAGGAGGGAAAGUGUGGCUGUCUGUCCUCUUUAUUUUCCGAAUCUUGCUGUUGGGAACAGCAGUCGAAUCUGCCUGGGGAGAUGAACAGUCUGCUUUCCGAUGCAAUACUCAACAGCCUGGUUGCGAGAACGUCUGCUAUGACAAGUCCUUCCCCAUCUCCCAUGUACGCUUCUGGGUUCUGCAGAUCAUAUUUGUGUCUGUACCUACCCUUUUGUACCUGGCGCACGUGUUCUACGUAAUGAGGAAAGAAGAGAAGCUGAACAAAAGAGAAGAAGAGCUCAAGGUGGUCCAAAAUGAUGGUGUGAAUGUGGAUAUGCACCUCAAGCAAAUAGAAAUUAAGAAAUUCAAGUAUGGAAUCGAAGAGCAUGGCAAAGUAAAGAUGCGUGGGGGACUGCUCCGUACUUACAUCAUCAGCAUCCUGUUUAAAUCUGUCUUCGAGGUAGCUUUCUUGCUGAUACAGUGGUACAUUUAUGGGUUUAGCCUGAAUGCCAUCUACACCUGUGAACGAGAUCCAUGCCCGCACAGAGUGGACUGUUUCCUCUCCCGUCCAACUGAGAAGACCAUCUUCAUCCUCUUCAUGCUGGUCGUGUCUUUGGUGUCUCUUGCCUUGAACAUCAUUGAGCUUUUCUACGUGUUCUUCAAGGGUGUGAAGGAUCGUGUGAAAGGGAAAACCGACCCCUACUCCCACAGCGGUGCCAUGAGCCCUUCCAAGGACUGUGGCUCCCCCAAAUACGCUUAUUACAAUGGCUGCUCCUCUCCGACUGCCCCCUUGUCUCCCAUGUCUCCCCCAGGGUACAAGCUCGUUACUGGAGACAGGAACAAUUCCUCCUGUCGUAACUACAAUAAGCAAGCCAGCGAGCAAAACUGGGCCAACUACAGCGCGGAGCAGAACAGAAUGGGGCAGGCUGGCAGCACCAUCUCCAACUCACACGCCCAGCCCUUCGACUUCUCCGAUGAGCACCAGAACACUAAAAAACUGGCGUCGGGACACGAGCUGCAACCCCUCACCAUUGUGGACCAGAGGCCUCCCAGCAGAGCCAGCAGCCGAGCCAGCAGCAGACCUCGACCUGACGACCUGGAGAUCUAAGCUUCUAGCUGCAGUACUUGCUCAACUAUGAAACGACGUGCAUUGGAAGAUGCAGUCAGUGCUGAUCUUGUUCCAGUGGAGGUGGUACUUAACAGUCUCAAGCAGGAGAUUUUAAAAAUCGUAAAAACAAAUGAAACAAGUGAACAAACUUUUAAAAUACUUGCUGUUUUGUGGGGGGGAAUGUGGGGUUGGUGUGGGGUGGUACAGUACACAUUGGUAUUUAAUGUAGCUGGUUUAAAGAAUUUAAAUACUAAAAAAAAGAAAAAAAAAGGAAAAAGAUAGGUAGUCAGUACUAAGGUAGGGGGUUGUUUUUCUAGAAAGGCUGUAAAUAUCUGAGUGUAUGUGUAUGUGUGUACUAUUGUGUUUGUUUCUAAAGAAUCUUCUGUAAUACUAAAAUCCAAUAAUAACUGAACUCACAUUUGUCAGGGUGAAGUGCUGCCUGAAGAUGAAAACAUUUUUCCUAUUCAACAAGCAAAAAAGUCCAGGAUUGCCUCUGAUCAUUUCCCUGUCAAGAACAUUCCAUUCUUAGAAAGUGCACUUUGAAGGUAAACUUUCCUAUAUGGUCCUCCAGGUUGUUGAAAGGCUCCUGUGAGGACAAUCUACAGCCUUUGAAUCGUUCAACUUAAAUUUCAGACAUGGCCCACCAAGAAAUGCUUUGGUCACCUGCUUUUCCAGCCCUUCACGCAGGUAGAUUUUGUGAUGUGCGUAAGUGGGGUGGCUCCACACUUGUAGAACCGGCAACCACACUCUCUUGCCCACAGCGGUAUUCGUGUCCUGCUGCUCACUUACAGUCUAAUUGACAUCACAUAAAACCCAGUUUGCUGCCACUUGCAGAUUUAAGCGUUAAGACAGGCAAGCAACUGCCUUUAGUGAAUUUUAUCACACCCUUAUGUAUAUUAAGGGUGUAUGUAUGUGUGUGGAUGUGGAGGUAAAGGUGUACACAAAACACCCUCAGAAGCAUACAUUGAGAAAUAAAAGCACACAGAUUACUUGCAGUUGACACUUUCUCAUGGAUAUUGUGAAGGUGUGGGCCACUAUGGUGUUUACAUUCUCUGAUUUCCUUCAAUGCAAGUGAAGCACAUGUCAUUAUAUUUUUUUAAUUCUAUAGAAUAUUUUCCAUGUAUCCUGAAUGGAUGCUCUUUUUAAAACUAAAAAAUAAAAAAGGCCUAAUCCUGGAUGUCUUGCUCUGGAAAAUCUCUCUUCUAAGUCAGUGGGAGUUUUGCCUGAACGAAGGCUGCAGGAUCAAGCCCAGGAUGUAGCGAACCAUGUUCUUGCUGGCAUGAAUGAUUUUUCUUUUGUAGACAUUAGGGGUGGAAAAGACCCAUUAGGUCAUCUAGCCAAUCUCCCUGAUAGGUAAUAAUGAUGCUUGAAUGAUAGAAGAUGUAGUACUGUAAGCAAGCUUUAGUCUUUUAUGUGAGAAACUUAGAAGAAAUGCUUUGUGCUGGAUUAAUAAUAAAAUAUGCCUACAUGACUUUUGCAGUAACUGGUAUUUUUCUUAUUCUAAAUAGUCACAUUUACUGAACUGUAAUGUCCACUCCGAGUUUGACAGUUAGGUCUUUCUAGAGGGCUCUAGCAACUUUAGUGUUUACACUUAGAUUUUGUUUGAAAUGCAAGUGAAGUUGAAAGGAUUUUUAAAGAGUACAAUUCUAGCUAAUUUAUUUGAAAUAUAUGCUAAAGAAAUCUACCAGUUUCUUCAAAUGCGUAGUCUCUUAGCUGAACACAGAUUGACCAAGGAAAUACAUAGCUUGGUUUCAUUUUGCAGCAACACAGAUAAAUUGUUUCAUUUAAUACAUUAUAUUAAUUUGUUUGACAUUCCAUGUUAAACUACUGUUGUGUUCAACUUCAUUGCAUGUAUGCAACCAUAGUCCGUCGGAUCAUGUUGUCUGGAGAACAUUAGUCAAUAAAGUUUUAAUUUAGUAUAAAU